AUGAGAGGCCUGAAGCGUCCAGCUGCCCCCGUCGUCAAAUAUUACCUGGGACCAAUUAGAGAGAAACAAGUAAAUGCGUUUGUAAAAAAAGCAAGAGCAAAAAGUGCACCUGGAGGAGAUGGCGUGUCUUAUAAGGUGUUCAAGUAUUGCGACACGCUGAGACACACCCUCUUUGAGAUGCUAAGAGGCCUUUGGAAAGACAAGGAAAUCGUCAAAGAUUGGUGCAGAGUGGAGGGCGUGUAUCUACCCAAAGAACAGAAUGCAAAGGAGAUAGGACAGUUCAGACCUAUUUCAAUCAUCAACGUGACGUGCAAGAUCUUUAUGGGAAUACUUGCAAAGAGGACUGUAGCAUAUUUGCAAAGUAACGGCUAUGUGGAUGAAACGGUUCAGAAAGCCGGGGUACCAGGGAUCCCAGGCUGCAUCGAGCAUGCUUUCACCAUUUGGGACACAAUUCAAGAGGCCAAGAAAAACAAGGAAAGUUUAAACGUAGUGUGGUUGGAUCUGGCGAAUGCCUACGGGUCUGUUCCCCAUAAAUUGCUGAUGAAGGCAAUGGAUUUUUUCUACGUCCCGCAAGAGGUGCAAAACAUCAUGAGAGAAUACUAUAGUAACUUCCAGAUGCGAUUCUCAACCGCAAAUUUCACAACGGAAUGGCACCGACUAGAGAUUGGGAUUGCAGCUGGCUGCUCUGUAUCGGUCAUCUGGUUCAUCCUGGUAAUGGAGAUGCUACUGAGAUCUGCAGAAUGCUGGGAAGAAGAAGCAAAGGUGAGAUCACCAAAGAAAGCCUUUAUGGAUGAUGUGACCCUACUGACAAGAGAUGGAGACAGAAUGCAAAGUGUGUUGAAUCGGCUCGAUAAGCUUAUCACCUGGGCCAGGAUGAAGUUUAAAGCUAAAAAGUCUAGAAGCCUGACUAUUCACAAAGGAAAACAGAAGCAACUGAAGUUCACAAUUGCAGGGGAGCAAAUGCCCACAGUAAAAGAACAACCUGUGAAAAGUUUGGGUCGGUGGUACUCAGGAACUCUGUCUGAUAGGAGUCAAGGCGUGGAAAUCAUGAAGCAGGCUGAAAAUGGGCUGAAAGCUUCCAGGAAAGCAUAA